CAAAGUGUCGCAUAAGUUAACAAAAGUGCCGCAAGGCUAAUAAAAGUGCCAACUAAGCUAACAAAAGUGCCGCUAAAUGUUUCGGCCGACGCUCAUCCGCGGCGCGAGCGCCGACUUACCUGACGUGUCCGGCUAUGGUCUCGGCAGGAGUCGCCGCGCCUCCCUCUCGGCGGAGCAACGCCGCAAGCUGUCCAUGAUCCGGACGGCCAGCAUCCCGAGCCCGCUGACCCCUGUGAGUCACAUUUACCAUUUGGUACCCUGCCCGAGAAAAUGCUGUUCACAGAAAUAUGUCGUCAGUACGGACAGGAGUGGUGAUAUACAUGUUCACGUUCAGGGUGACUUGAGUCAGCAGGACAAGCGAUGCGUGUUCCUCACGGUCCACGAUCUUGGAACAAACCACUCGUCCAUGGUGGACUUCGUGGGCAUGCCGGCCAUGACGGAGAUAAAAGAACGCUCCUGUUUCAUACACGUGGACGUCCCGGGACACGAGGAGAACUCGCCCGACCUGCCCGACUCCUACCAGUUCCCUCCCCUUCAAACGCUAGGCGAGGACCUGAUCACAGUCCUGGACUUCCUCCACGUCCGCUACGCUGUGGGCCUCGGCGAAGGCGCCGGGGCCAACGUGCUCGCUCGCUGCGGCCUCGCACACCCCCGCCGGCUCUUAGGCCUCAUUCUCGUCAACUGCACGGCCUCGACCUCCUCGGUCGCUGACGCAUUCAGAUCCCGUUUCUCCCGCUGGAAAGGGACGGACAUAUCACAGUCAGAGGAGGACUUCCUCAUCUACCACAAGUUCGGACACGUGAGUUUAGAGAGUGAGCUGUAUGACUAUCGCUACAAGCAAAUCCAGAGCGACUCCUGCGAAGCGACCGAACGCGAACGAAUGUUACUAGAGUACCGCUCGCGUCUGCGCGGGAACCUCAACACGCACAACAUCAAGCAGUAUGUGCGCGCCUUUAUCAAAGAACCCCCGUUACGGCCAACCCGCAAGGACCUGGUCCUCCGUGGCUGUCAGCCCGACAUCCUGCUCAUCACGGGGCUGCUCAGCCCCUACUCCGGCGUCGUAGAGAAGAUGUACAAGGAACUGGACAAAGACAAGGUCACCAUCCUCAAGGUGGAGAAGGUCGGCGACGUGCUGGCUGAGGCGCCCGCAAAAGUGGCGCAGUCCCUUCUCCUGUUCUGCCAAGGCCAGGGUCUGCUGACCUCCCUCCCCCCACCAGGCGUCGAGCGGCGCAUGUCCCGCGCCAUGUCCAUGGAGGAAUACGACAAGCCCAACAUCCGGCGGCUGUCGCUCACGCCCAGCGUCUCCGAGUCACCACCACCGAGGAAGUUGUAAGGAUUGUGAUGGCGUAACAUUUUACCAGCGACGUCGUCUGCAAAUUGUAUAUACAAAUGAAAAUAUCAACGAUGACCAACUCUUGGUCAGGUGGCGCAAUAGGGUUGUUUCCAUCUACAAAUCUUAGGGCAGAAUUGUAUCCCAAUAAAUUAUUUUGGAUUAUAAUAUAAGUACAUGUUAAACUACUUUUAGGGGACCUGUAAUGACCAUAUUUUUGUUAAUAUUGAAUUUAAAAUAUCUUU